UGUUGCUAAGGUCAGCUAUAGCGCCGCGUAAUAUAAGUUUUCAACAUAUUUCAUCCUUUAACGUGGACGCAUUUUUGCUUGCAAAUAGAUAGCAAUAAGUUCAAUUAUACUUUUAUAAAGUUCCACUUUACUACAAUGGAUGAUAUUGUUCAUAUUAAAGAUUCUGUUAGUCCUGAAUUUCUCUCUUCAGAAGUUCAUAUAAAAACACUUGAAGAUACAUCUUCUGAUGAGGAAAACAUACCAGAAGAUGAAGGGGGGUCAGAGUUGAAAGAUAGUUUGAAUGUCUGCCAACCUGUUCUUAGACUAAUUGAUGAAGAAAACCUACUCAUUCUUCCUCCGGAAGACCAAGAAGAGAAAAGUGAGACCGAUACAGCAUUGUACGACGGUUGUGGUGAAGUUAAAAAGUCAUCGAAUGAAGCCAUGACAAAUAAACCUGAAACUCCACUUAAGUCACCACCUGAAGGUCAAGUUUGCAAGAAAAAAAGAAAAAAGAAACAUCUCGUUGUCAACCUUUCAAACUGUAAAUAUGAAUCAGUACGUAGAGUUCUGAAACGAUUUGGCUUCCGAGAAACUGAAGAUGAGGAAGACUGGUGUCUUUAUUGGACCGAUUAUUCAGUUACUAUUGAUAAAGUUCUGGUUAUGAAACAGUGGCAGAAAAUAAAUCAUUUUCCUGGAAUGUCUGAAAUUUGUCGAAAAGAUAGUUUAGCACGUAAUUUAAAUAGAAUGAUUAGAUUAUUUCCGAAAGACUAUAAUAUAUUUCCAAAAACUUGGUGUCUUCCAUCAGAUUGGAAUGAUAUUCAGAAUUAUGCUAGGAAGCAUAAAAGUAAAACGUUUAUUAUAAAACCAGAUAAUGGAUGUCAAGGUCGUGGUAUUUAUAUCACUAAAAAUGCUAAAGAUAUUCGACCAGUGGAAAAUAUGAUUUGCCAAGUGUACAUAUCCAGACCAUUCCUUAUCGAUGGAUAUAAAUUUGACUUGAGAAUUUAUGUUCUGCUUACUUCAUGUGACCCACUACGUUUAUUUGUAUUUAAAGAUGGCUUAGUACGUUUUACUACAUGUUCAUAUAUUGAACCAAAUCAACGUAAUGUACAUGAUAUGUAUAUGCAUUUAACAAAUUAUGCUGUACAAAAACAUAGCGAAGGCUAUAUCAGAGAUAAUGAAGAAGGAGGAACAAAACGCCGGAUUACAACGCUUAAUCGAUGGUUUAAAGAUAAUGGCUAUGAUGUGAAAAAAAUUUGGGAAGACAUAGAUGAUGUGAUCAUUAAAACAUUACUAUCUGGUUAUGCUAUAAUUAGACAUAAUUAUCGAACUUGCUUUCCAAAUCAUAUUCAAACAUCAGCAUGUUUUGAAAUUCUUGGCUUUGACAUAUUAUUCAAUCAUAGAUUAAAGCCAUAUGUUCUUGAAGUAAAUCAUUCACCAAGUUUUACUACAGACAGUAAAUUAGAUAAAGAAAUUAAAGAAGCUAUGCUAUGGGAUACUGUACAACUUGCACAUUUCAAUGCAGUCAGUAAAAAGAAAUGUUGUGAUGAAGAAAGAAAACGUAUUCGAAAUCGUUUAUUACAUAAAAAUAUUGAUAAAGAUCAUAAAUGUUCACUCGAACGAGAUGUGGAAAAAUAUCAAGCACUAAGUGAAAAAUAUGAAAAUAGCCAUAUGGGUAAUUUUCGUCUGAUUUAUCCAUCAAAUGAUCUGGAAAAAUAUUCAUCAUUUCUCAAUCCAACUGCAACAUUUUAUCAGGAAACAGUUACUUAUAAAGUAAGAAGUGAAUGUGCAAGACAACUAAGAGAAGAAAUAAGACUUAAACAAGAAAAAUUAGAUUUAAUUGCAAACAAACAUAAGCAAAGUCAAUCUGAAAGUCCAGCUCCCAAAAGAUUAAGAAUUAAAAUAAACACUGGAUUAUUAUCUCAGCAAUUAAUGAAGUCAGAUAACAAUGAUGAAAUAGUCAAUAAUUCUAAUGAAUUAAUACCUAUAAAUAAGGUGGAUUUUAAUGUUAAUAACAGACAAAAUAAUCAAGAGGAACAAAGGAAACCUGACAAAUGUUUAGAAGUCCCUACAGAAAGAAAACAAGAAAAGGAUAGUGAUGAUAACCACUCUGAUAAUCAGGCAUUAAUUGAGUCUACAUUAAACAAUAGCAAAGUUUGUAUAAGUACUAAAUUGCCACAACCUAUACUUGAUGAUGAAGAAACUGAACGUAGAAAUGAAUUAAAAAGACGAGAAGAUCAAAUGCAUAAAAUAGGUUUAAUUUCAAUUCUUUAUGAAUUAUUUGCACAGAACAAACAUUCACAUUCUUUAAAAAUCAAAGACAAAAAAGGAUUUAACGAAUUAUAUUUGGAUAAUAAUACUAAUACAGAACAAAACUGUAUAGAACAUCGACAAACACAACAGGAAACAGAUAAAAAGAAAGGAAAAGAACUGAAUGUUUUAAAACCAACAGCUUCAUGGAAAAAUCGUACACAAUUAUCAGGAAGACAAAAGUACUGGAUCAAGAAUCAAGGACAUGGAAAUACUGCUAAAGAAAAACCAGAUAUCAUACUUGAUACAAAAAAAACUCCUGUAGUAUGGGAUAAUCUAAUUGAGAAAAACAAACCGUCACUUGUUCCACAAAUGAAUCAAUGUUUUAAUAAUUAUUUUGUACGACUGAAUGGAAAUCGCUGUGUUAAUUCAGCUCAACCAUCUAUUAAUAAUCCUACUUUUGGAGCGUUUCCAUCCCAUCAAUUUCAUAAGAUACAUCAGCAAAAAUCCCAACAAUCCCACCGUGUAGAUUCCGGUAAUUUUUAUAACGGAGGAAUACAUUCAAACCCUUCAAUUAUAAAUCCAACCAAUGGUCAAAAUUUACCAACAAAUCUUGAUAGUCAAGCAUUUUACCAAGAUUGUAAUGAUACAUCUUUUACAGGUGUGAAAAGUCAUCAGUCGGUAAAAAAUUCGUCGUUUGAAAGUAUAUGUAAUCCGAUUCACUCAUCUUUACGAAUGAAUGAAAAUUGUGGUUUUUUACCUUCAAGAAGCAUUCGAUCUAAUUCAGCAAUAAAGUCAAAAUACAUCUUCACAGACUUGACUAGUUGUAAUAACAAUAGUAAUAAUAUUACCACAAGUAAUUCCCGGAAUACUUCAAGACAGCAUAGUCAUAAUUCCUCUAGUAAAAAGGUGCCUAAUGACUCCGAAGGUGGAGCAUGCUCUAAAUUCGAAAAGAGUCCAGCAUCCAAAUCACGUGAUGCAAUCAUCAGAUCAUGUUCGCUAUCUGGAAUCUGACACAUAAACACAAACUCCCCAUGUACUUAGACCAAUGACAAUUCUAACAGGUGUUAAAACAGCGGAAAAAUAUAAAACCCCACUACCUACACUAGUCAAUCCUCGUGUGAACACAUCCCAUAACAGCCAUAGUCUGCAGUUAAUGAUCAAUGGUUUAAUGCCAGUUGUCACAUCAGCAAAAUUAAACCGAGUUGCUAGGAGAAGUUCAAACCAAGAAUAUUACCGAACAGUUUUAAACGAAUAAUGGGUAUUCACAUAGAAAAAUUUAGGAUGAUUGCUCAAAUAUUGAAAGUCUAUGUUGUAAUUAGAUUCAUUUAACCAUAAAUCAGUAUGAAUGUAAAUAAGAAUAGUUUCCGAUUCAUUUAAAAAAGCAACGAAAAAAGGUUCCGUAAUCACAAGUCAGUAAACAAACUUAUCUCUUGUAUUUCUGUUAAUAAGUUCUUCCCUGUGAACAUUUUUUUGUAAUCAAAGUGAUUUCAGAUUACCUUCAGUUAAACCAAAUUCAGUUUGAACUUUAGAAUUUGGUGGAUUUUAUUUUUACAAUCCAGCAAAAAUGGUAAACCUUUUUACACAUCCUAGUGUUGGCCACACUACUUUUGUUUGUCAUACAAUAUACACUGAAAACUGUACAUUUCAAGCACAGGAAAUGAUUUUCUUUGUUCAUUCGAUCUUCUUAGUUCCAUCCAAUCACUACCAACUUGCUAAAUGACUUUCACAAUUGCAAUUUAUUCUUUGGUGAAUAAGCUUGGGUGCUUGAAAAAGAGGAUUCAUAUUGUGCUCAAGAAUCAAAUCUUAAUACACGGUCGAUACUUAGUAGUUAAAUUACUGAAGAUAGUAAAUCAAUUUUAAUGUUCUAGCAGGUUGUUGACUUAGUUUAUUUGUAGUCUCAGAUGUAAAUACCUAUUUUAAACUAAUCUACAUACCAUUCAUACAGAAAUAUUUAAAACUGUGCGUUCCGGUUAACAGCUAUUAAACAUGAUAUUUAAUUACACAAACAAAUUGUACACAUCAAGACCUCGUUAAAGUUACACAUAAUUCAAUGCAUUCCAAAAAUAUCCCUUAUCAAGUUGUGCUAGAAACUUCUAGUUGUGAUGUUUCUAACAGUAAAAUUAGUAUCAUAUUUUAGUGAGAAAAAAGCGUAAUCAAGCACUUUGAAAAUAAUCCCAUCUAG